AGGAUGAUCACUACCUGGGCCAUGAGCAGGAGGAGGGUAGCUCACUGCUGCCGGAAGAGGAGGCCUGGUAUGACAAAGUGAGCCGAAGCGAAGCCAAGCUGUUGCAUUUGGCGCGUGCCUUCAUUGCCAGCCCUGAGGUCCUGGUGCUACACAGCCCGCUGAACGACUUGGACGACAAUUUGGCGCAGGAUGUGGUGCAAUUGCUCCGAGACUUUGUGGAUGAGAGAGGUCUCGAGCUGGAUCCGUCGACCAAACACCGUCGACGAAAGAGAACGGUGUUCUUCAGUGCCAACGAUGUCUUUGGAGAGUUCAAGGAGACGGCAGACUUCACGUGCUCGUUAGGCGAUGAAUCUGAGAUAAAGUUCGAAGCGCGGGACAAGAGCAAGAGUCAGGGAUGGUGGGGCUGUGCUGCCUGAGAUCACUGCGCCCGCUGAGCAGUCUUCGUUGCAGUCUUCGUUGCGUGAAGAAACAGAUGAGCGAAAAAAAACAGUCCGUUUCGUUCAAACGAAGACUCAAGGUGUAUAUGCCAAACGAUCUGGUGCGACCAUGAGCCACGCAUAGAAUCAAGGCCGGCAGAGUUGAAGACCAACUCGGGAAGCUUGAUUGGCCAAAGACGCCUUUCUGUCUUCCUCCGGGUGUUCUCUUGUGGCUGGGUGCUUUUCAAAGCAUUCCACAUGAAGCGAGCGACACAACGAGUUCUGCUUGAGGAGAGUCAUGGCAUCUCCGCAGGCAUCCGACGGCCCAAGGUGUUCUCAUCGGCGGCGCGAGCAAGGCGAAGAAGUGUUUCGAGUCAGAGGCCUGCAAAAACGAAAGUCUGACGGCACGAAGGACGUCGGGGAGAGGCUUUGAAGAUGUUGGAAGGAAAGAGUUGGAGCGAAUUGAUGCUGCAAGGCAGCGCAGAGGUGCAAAGCACCCAAGCACCCUGAUGCAGGAAGUUAUUUGGUCCGUGUCAGGCAUUUAUGAAUUUGACAUGGGGAGUGGUGUAGCUGCUGAUGAUGAUGAUGAUGAUGAUGAUGAUGAUGAUGAUGAUGAUG